AUGACCACACCAAAAGAGAAUCAGACCACCACAGUGACCAUUCUGCUUGGUUUUCCCAUCAGUACAGAGGUGGAGCUGCUGUUCUUUGUGUUCCUUCUGCCCUCUUACCUGAUUACACUCCUGAGAAACAUCCUCAUCACCUGCAUUGUUGUGUCCUACUCACACCUCUACACACCCAUGUACUUCUUCCUCUGCAAUCUCUCCAUCUUGGACAUCCUCUUCACCUCUGUCAUUUCCCCAAGGGUUUUGGCCAAUUUGGCCACCGGGGAUAAGACUAUCUCCUUUGCUGGGUGUAUCAUGCAGUGCUUUUUCUACUUCUUCCUGGGGACAGUGGAAUUUCUUCUAUUGACAUCCAUGUCCUAUGACCGGUACACUGCCAUCUGUAACCCACUGAGGUAUAGCACCAUCAUGAGUCCUUCUAUGUGCAUUGGGCUGGUUCUUUUCUCAUGGGUGGGUGGUUUCUUGUCUGUUCUCUGCCCCAUCACAUUUAUCUCUAGGUUGCCCUUCUGUGGAUCCAAUAUCAUUAACCACUUUUUCUGUGACAGUGGACCCCUACUGGCUCUUGCUUGUGCAGACACAACAUUUAUUGAGCUGAUAGAUUUCCUGCUAUCUUCCUUAGUCAUCCUCUGCUCCCUAAUCCUCACUGGAUUCUCCUAUGUUUAUAUCAUCAUGACCAUCUUACGAAUCCCAUCAGCCAGUGGGAGGAAGAAAGCCUUUAACACCUGUGCUUCUCACUUGACCAUAGUAGUGAUUGCUGGUGGGAUCACAGUCUUUAUAUAUGUGACUCCCUCCCAGAAAGAAACCUUGGAGAUCAACAAAAUACAUUUAGUGCUGAGCAGUGUGGUGGCACCUUUCCUCACCCCCUUCAUCUACACCCUGCGCAAUGACACAGUGCUGAGGAAUCUCAGAGAGGUGUGGGUGGGAGUCAGAACAUUCUUAGUGGGAAGGAGGAGGGAACUGCUACGGAGCAUGGGGAACAGCACCACUAUCACUGAGAUCAUUCUUCUGGGACUCACAGAUGCCUGCAGAUUACAAAUGCUGAUCUUUGUGGGGCUCCUCCUGACCUACCUUAUCACACUGCUAGGGAACCUUCUCAUCAUUGUCGUCACCCUGAUGGAUCAUCGCCUUCACACCCCCAUGUACUACUUCCUCAGAAACUUUGCAGCAAGCAUCCUAGAAAGGAGAUG